AUGGAUUUUGUAAUUUUAAAGGUUAAUGGUCAAGAUCUUAGAAAUGCAACACAUGAACAGGCAAUUCAUGCUUUUCAAACAGCUAAAGAACCUAUUAUCGUAGAAGUUGCUCGUCGUGAUCCAAACGUUGAACUAUCACAAAAAUCUGCUCCAAAUUCGAAUUCUGGUCCUGUAAACAAUUUAGACAAUCAGAAUAAAUGUUCUGUUGCAAUUCAAACUGAUCCAAGUACAGCUGAGGCAACUUUGGCUGCGAUGGCUGCUGCCGCAUUAACAACCGAAGAUAUACGUACUGCACUUGGAAUAAGACACUCUGCUUUACCAACGAGUUUGGAGUGCAUCUACCAUCCAGAAUUUCCUGAUCUUGUGGAUAUAGUUGAAGAAGACGAUGAUGAUGACGAUGACGACGACGAUGAUGAUAUUGAUGAAGAUGACGAUGUUGAUAUCGAUGGUGAUGAUGAUGAAGUCGAUGAACAGGAUAAUAAUAAUAAUAAUAAUGAUCGAAUAAAAGAUGCUAUUACUUCAUCCAACGUGAACUGUGAUCCGAGAUCAGUUAACUGUCCAUGUUAUUCAAAUGAUAACAUAGAAUAUGAUGAAAUACCGGAUAUUCAAGAUAAAAGUAUAACAUUCCAAGAAGGAAAUGAUGGUGUCACUUGGGAUAUGAAAUUUAAUCAAUCAGAGAAUAUAUUGAUUAAAGAGGUUACAUUGUGUCGUAAAAAACCAGAUGAAAAAUUUGGUUUAACUCUUUGUUAUCGACAGGGUGAUACAUGCAAUACAAGUUGUAAUGUUUAUGUUGGUGAGUUAGAAUAUGAUAGUUUAGCUGCUCAAUGUGGACAAAUUAUUAAUGGUGAUCAAAUAUUAGGUAUCAAUGGUAAACGAAUUAAAUCAAGAGAACAUGUUAUUGAUUUAUUUCAACAAAGUAAAAAAAGGGUAACAUUAUUGAUUGCACGUGAAAAAUGUCAAACAUUAAAAGAGAAUAAUACAAUAAUCAAUAUAAAUUCAACAAUCACUAAGACAUUAAAUACAAUUCAAUCUAAUACAAUAAAAAAUGAAUCAAUCAAUGAAUUUUAUACAAAUAAUGAAUUAUCUAUAUCAACUAUCAAUAAGAAUUGUACAGAUUAUCCUGUUUAUAAACGACCUGAUCAAGAUUCUGGUAUGGGUAGAACAACUGAUGAAAGUGCACGUACAGAAGAAAGUUCAGAACAAGAAAUUGAUAAUGAUCAACAUCACCACCAUCAUCAAUACCAACAACAACAACGUACCAAUUUUAUUCAUGGAUUGGCACAAAUAACUAAAUUAACAUGUGAAAAUGAUCACUUAAACAAUAUCUCAUCUGGUAAUUCAUUAUCACAAGAUGCUACAUCAUUAGAUCAUAGAUUAACAAUUCCAUCAGAUGUAUUCAGUGAUUACGAUUCAAUUGAUCCAAUCGAUCAAGAACUUGUACAACUUGGACGUUUAAUGCAAUCGUUAGCGGUACAUUGUAGACAAUUAGUACAAGCUAAAUUGCAAUAUAAUAGAAUACAAUAUCCGUUAUCUAUUGUUGGUAAUUGUGCUAGUCAAUAUGAAGGAAAUGAUUCUAUUGUACAACCAAAAACAAUGUCAACGAAGAUGAUAACAUCAACGACAGAUUCAGGGAUCAAUUCAUCAUCCAUUUCAACAGCAACAACAACAACGUCAUCUUCAUCAUUGUUAUCGUCAAAAAUAUCAAAUCAACCAACAGAAAAUUGUUAUUAUUCAACUGGAAAUAAUAACUUACAAAAUACUAAAUGUAUAAUUAAUAAAUCUAAUGAAGGAAUUUCAAAUGGAUCACCAUUAUUAUCUACCAAAGAUAAUAGUCAUAAUAUGUCAACUAGAUUACCACGAAUGGGAACUCGAAUGGAACCAUCAAUAAUGGGUUCAAUUAGUUCAAAUGAUUCCAGUGGUUCAUUUCAUGAUAAAAAUUUAAAAAUGUCAGCCAUUACAACAACUGGAAAAUUAUCUCAUAGUCGAUUCCCAUCAAAUAUUAGAGAUCAUCCAGUUUCAUCUGAACUUCAUGAAUCACAAGCUCAACAACAACAACAACAACAAACUACAUAUUGUCCUGAUUCUAAUUCUAAAUUAAUCGAAUCUCAUUCAAUUUAUCCAGAUAAUUUAGAACAAAGUAGAUUAAAUGGUAGCGGAGAUACAAGUGCAUAUUGUACUAGUGAAAGUAGAAAAAGUCAAAAUGAUUCACCAAUGAAUAACACUCAUAAUUUUGUUAAUAGGAGCAGUGAUAUUCUUAACAAUAAUAAUAGUAUUAAUAAUGAUGAUCACGCUACAGGUAAUGGAAGUUUUACUGAUCAACGUUUCCAUUGUAUUACUACUGGUGGUAAUAAUAAUGAUAAUAAUACACAAUAUCCACCGGUAACAACACUAUCUAAUAGUGAUUACCCUACAAGAACUAUGAGUAGUUUACAUUAUAAUGGAAAUAGUUUAGGAGAAGGUAUAGCUGCCUCAUUGUCCGACUUGGGCGGUUCCCUGUUAUCUUUAUCUGCAGUUAUUCCUGAUCCACAUCAUUACCACCACCAUCGUCAUCACAGUCGUUAUCAGUAUAACUCCAGUGAAGUUAAUAAUACUAAUCAUCAUAUAACACCAAACGAUUCCUUUAGUCCAUCAUCCAAUUGGUCAAUUGAUGGGAAUUCACAAUAUACUACUCAUAAACCAUCUACAUCAACUUCAUCAUCAUUAAUUUCUGGUAGAAAUCAUAAUAAUAAAUCAUCAAAUGAACAAUUACCAUCAACAUCAGAUAAUAAUAUUAAUCAUAAUUUAGAAGUGAAUAAUUCAUCCAAUUACAAUAAUACAAGUAUAUUGAAUGAACAAAACCGUAAUGUGAACUUUGCAAAAGAUGUAUCUAUAAAAUCUAAUACAAAAGUUCAAAAAUCCAAUUUUUAUCAACAACAGCAACAACAUCACCAAAAAUUACCUAAUUCUAAUUUGAUUUCUGAACAUAAUCCGGAGAAAUUUCUAAAAGAAGAAAAAUCAUCUUUAUUAAUGAAUCAAUAUAAAAAUAAACAAUUACCUUUUAAUCCAUUAUAUCCUUUACCAAUAUAUUAUAAUGAAUAUUAUUAUCCAAUCAAAUAUAUAUCACCAAGGAAAUGUAUGACAACUACAUUAAAUGAACAAUUAUCAAAUAAUCAUAAUAAUAGUAAUAAUAGUAACAGUAAUAGUCAUAAUAAUAAUAAUAAUAGUGUAGUGACAACAAUGACAAUCACUAAGCCAAUACCAUCAAUGAAUAUUUCAAAUAAUAAAUUACAUUCAUAUGAAUUUUAUGAUAAUUUUUGUUGUUCAUUAACAAAUAAAACAAUAUUGAAUACAAAUAAACCAAAACAAUUAACAGUUCAAUCAACAACAACAGCAACAACAACAACAAUGGUUCAACCAUUGAAUGAAUUAAUGAAUAUGAAUAAAACAAAUAUAAUAAACGAAGAACCGGUUCUUUCAGAUAUUUACGAAACACCAUAUGCGUCUGUAACGAUACACGAUGAACCAAUCGGUGAUCAAUAUCCAAUGAAAGGUAUAUCAACAGAUCCAUGUAAUUCUAUUCCUGGACUAUCUAUGAAUAGAACAGAAGAUUGUUCUAGCCUCUUACCCAGGCCCAAUUAUCGGUCAUCUGUUCCAAUUAAUAAUAAUAAUAAUAAUUCAUCCUAUACCCAAUGUAUUGCUGACCAUGCUGAAUUGAUUAAAAUGAAAACAGAAAAUCCAUCACACCCCAGAUUAUUCAAUCCAUAUUUAUCUUCCAUAGGCUAUUUAGACUGUAUCACUAAUAAUCCUCUAGUUUAUCCUCAUCCAGCGUACACAUCAGCAACAUGUCAUUCUAAACAAUAUCAAAAUACUGCUGUCAACGCUUCUGUCAUUACUGGUGCUGUUUCUUCCUCAUCUUCUACUGCUGCCACAUCUACUAUUACAGCUACUGGCAUGCCUCUAUCUGGGCAAGUUUAUCCAAUGGAUAAUUGGAAUAUGAUGGAAUGGGUAGUUAAAAAACGUCCAGAUGGAACACGUUAUAUAACCCGACGACCAAUAAGAAGUCGAAUUCUUAAAGAACGAGCUAAACGAGUAGCUGAAGAACGAUCCGGUAUUACAACUGAUGAUGAUGCUAUGAGUGAAUUAAAAACUGGUCGUUAUUGGAAUCGUUCAGAACGUAAAAAACAAUUAGAAAAAGCUAGAGCUGAUAGAAAACGUAAACAAUUAAAUACAAUUACACGACAAAAUUCACAAGAUCAUAAUAAUGAAUUAAAAUUAUCACAUAAAAAUUUAUCAAAUUCUUGUUCUACCAGUAAAAAUGAUGAUACAACACUAGUUACUAUGACAACUGUGUAA